UCUGAUUUCGAACAGCGGUGUUGUUUUGACAGCAGCUAGUACGCUAUCGUAAAUAGAAUUGUGAUCUAAAAAAGUUGAAAAACUUAGUGCUUCGAGUGAGUAGUUAAAGAUAAAGCUAUCCAAAGUUCCCAAAGACCAAAAUAUUGUAGGAAGGACGGGCUUCCAAAGUAUAUACUUUUCCAUCUUUAUGAACAAAAAUCUUCGUUUUUGUUUUGCUUCACUAAACAGGAAGAGUUUACAAUCGGAAAAGUGUUCAAACUUUACUCUCGUGUGUUGAUUGUGUGAUCUACAGAUUUCGUGACAAGUAAAAUAACAAUGUCGAAAAUCAAAAUCAAGCCCAAAUUGGAGUCCUCGAGUGAAAAGCGAUGUUCGGUUUGCGAUAAAACAUUCAUCGCUACGGGUGGGCUAGCCUAUCAUGAAGCUACCUAUCAUAAAAUACUGAUCGGACGUUGGGCUCGAAAAAAUUUCACCGCCUGGCGCAGCCGUUGCGCCAAGUGUGGAUUGCAUUUUCGUUAUAGAGAUCUGAUUCCAUUUCACAAUUGUGAUGAUGUCUUAAAUCCUAAAGAGAAUGGAGAGAAUUCUACCAUUCACGAUAAAGUCCUUGAAAAUGGAAACGAUAUUUCAGCCACAGAAACAACAAGCGGAGGGCAAAAGUUCCAGUGUUCGAUUUGUGGAAAGAAUUUCGAUGAUAAACCGAAUCUCAACGUGCAUAUUAGGGAUUUGCAUAAUGGAGAAAAAAUUAAUGAUUGUGACAAAUGCAAUAAACGUUUCCAAACGAAGCGCAAGUUGGAAGACCAUUACGCUCGUCGCCACAUCGGCAUGCCAAGGUAUCAAUGCGAAUCUUGUGGAAAAAAGUAUUUCCACUUCGGAGCAUACCGUUAUCAUAUUAAAGUUUCGCACCUCGAAGAAUACCACGGAGGCCUUCGAGCGCUUCCCAUCAAUGAGCUCUACUCUAUGGAUGGCUGUGUUGUCAUCGAUGGUCCCAAUACACUACGCUGUCAGAUCUGCAAAAAGACAUGUACCAGCAAGAAAAUGUUUGAUCGACAUAUGAAGAUCGCUCACAGAAAGAAACAAUGGAUGCUUGCUUGCAAUAAAUGUGAUAAAAUUUACGAGAAAAAGGUUUCAUUGGAUGACCACUAUGCCUGUGAUCACCUGGAUGUUAUCAGGUAUGCUUGUGAAUUCUGUGGAGAAAGUUUUACAUGGAGGCAUGCAUAUUUUGAGCAUCUUAAGAAACAGCACUCAAAUAAAUACAGGGAUUUGGUACGACGGAAUAAAACUCAUGUAAUAUCUUACAACAAAUUAAACAUAGGGAAUGAUCUUGACGAAAUACUGACCAACGACACUCUCCGUGAAAGGAGCUGCGUAAUGUGUAUUAGAAUAUUUAACAGCAAAACUGAACUCUUUGAACACAUACAGAGCCAACAUUUGUCAAAAACUUUUGAUUGUAAUCGAUGUGACAAAAUGUUCUACGUUGAAUCGCAACUGGAGCUUCACUUUGCUGAAACUCACGCCGAUAAACCUUGGUUUAGGUGUGAAAUUUGUGUAAAAAACUUCGACUCAAAAGAGCGGUACUGUUCCCAUCACCAGACGGACCAUCCGGAAGAAUACGCUAGAUUGAUGCAACAGAAAAGUUGUGAUCAACUAUACGAAAUAGACGGCUAUUUGAUUGUUGAACGGGUUUCGUUGGAAGAUCAACUAUUGAAAACAAGAGACUCAUAUGAAGAACAAAACUGUGUUGCUAUAAAAUUAGAACCCCCAGCAGAGGAGCCAAUGGACAACGAUGAUGAAGUUCGUUGUUCAUCGAUAAAAUCGGAGAUCGAGCUGACUCAAGUAACCGUCGAGAAUGAACAAGAGUUGAUGUAUACCUGUAAUUUAUGUGGAAAGACGUUUGGAAGCGAAACAGAUGUACUAUCCGUUAGGCAACAUUCCUUAAUUCUUCAUAAAAUUAACCUUCACGGAAUUUUUGAUGAUUCAUUCUGUAUUAAAAUGAAAAAUAUCGACGACGAAUCGAAGAAAGAAUUCAAAUAUCACUGCGAAAUUUGCGAUUACCGGUUUCGAGUCAAAAGAGUCUUCGUGAAUCAUGAAUGCGGUAUGGCGAAAGAACAGAACACCAAUGUCAAGAACGCCAAGCACCAGUGCAAUUUAUGCAAAAAGAUAUUCAAAUACAAAACGAAUCUAUCCAAUCAUCUUAGAGAUGAGCAUACACAGACCCCUUUUAAUUGUUACAUUUGUGAGAAGACCUUUUUUAGUCGAAGGCUGUUGGAAGAACAUAAGUUUGCCGUUCACUACAAAAAGCCGAUGUACCGAUGCACCUUAUGCAAAUUAACAUUUUCAAAUAUCUCUAAAUGUUUCGAACAUCGAAGGAAAUUUCAUGCUGAGGAACUGGAACGUGCGGAAGAACUUGCGGAAAUAGACGGCUAUUUGUUUGUUGAACGGGUUUCGUUGGAAGAUCAGCUAUUUAAAACGAGAGACUCGUGUGAAUUAGAACCCCCAGCAGAGGAACCAAUGGACAACGAUGAUGAAGUUCGUUGUUCUUCAAUAAAAUCGGAGAUCGAGAUGCUGUACUCCUGUAAUUUAUGUGCGAAGAAGUUUGGACGCGAAACAGAUCUACUAUCCAUUAGGCAACAUUCCUUAAUUCUUCAUAAAAUAAACCUUCACGGAAUUUUUGAUGAUUCAUUCUGUAUUAAGGUGAAAAAUAUCGACGACGUAUUGAAGAAAGAGUUCAAAUAUCAUUGUGAUAUUUGCGAUUACCGGUUUCGAGUCAAAAGAAUCUACGUGCAUCAUGAAUGCGGUAUGGCGAAAGAACAGAACACCAAUGUCAAGAACGCCGAUCACCAGUGCAAUGUGUGCAAAAAGAUAUUCAAAUACAAAACGAAUCUAACCAAUCAUCUUAGGGACGAGCAUUCACAGACACGCAAUAAAUGUGACGCUUGUGAGAAAGCCUUUUUAAGUCAAAGGCAGUUGGAAGAACAUAAGUUUGCCGUUCACUAUAAAAAGCCGAUGUACCGAUGCACCUUAUGCGAAUUAACAUUUUCAGCUAUGUCUAAAUGUUUUGAUCAUCGAAAGAAAUUUCAUGCUGAGGAUCUGGAACGAGCAGAAAAACCAGUGCCUAAAUACGCUGAUUGGGUUCAUUCGAGCCAAAAUACAGUGUUUAGAAUUAAGAGUGAGGAAUGUCAAACGCGCACAAACAGGAAAGCAAACAAAAACAAAACAACAUCGUGGCCAGAUAGGCGCAAAAUUGUACGGCAAAGUUCGUUUUGGCUUCAGCUGAAUGCAGGCACCGGUAGAGUUGAAGGCGACAAGAUCCUGCCACGACGGGUCAUGGACAAACCGAACGAAGCGGACAGUAAAACCAGCUUGCCGAUACCGACGGCCCCAUUGGAUGAGGCCGUUGUUUGGGAUCUGGAAUCGUUUUUUUGCGAGCCGAACAGCCGUCGCAUGGCCAAGCCGGAACAGAUACAGCCGGAAGGAGGCGUCGGAAAUGCUCCGGGUCAUUGCCAGGCACCCGCGUAG